AUGUAUCAAUCCUCUCAAAGUAGGAGUGCUAAUCUAGGAUCCCCUCUGUCCAUUCAUUAUAAUCGUACAUUUAAGAACUGAUCCUAGAUCAGCACUACUAGUCUGAUAUGCUCGAUACAUAUGGCCCCAUGGUCUUGGUUUGUGUUGCAGGUGUGGCCCGGGUGGGCUAUGGAGAUGUGUCCUCUCGUAAGGCCCUGCGUGAAGCUCUGCAGUGUAAACCCUUCUCCUGGUACCUGGAGAACAUCUACCCUGACUCUCAGAUCCCCAGGCGAUACUACUCACUUGGUGAAGUAUGAAGUAUUUCAGAUACUACAGCCCAAUGUACCUCUCAUGACCAUGUAUGCAUCCCAAAUAGCACUCUAUUCCCUAUAUGGUGUACUAUUUUUAACAAGGGCCCAUAUGGAAUUGGGUGCCAUUUGCAAUGCAGAUCAUUCAUUUGAUAUCAUAAGACAGUAGUCCUACUUCUCUUUAAAGUAAGUCAGGGAUGAUAACUGGCGUCAUGGGUUUAGUUGUUGACUCAAACCCAAGCACAGGCUAGAGUUAGCUAACAACAUUCUAGAUAACAGGUUAGCACCAGGCAAAGAGGGGAAUGAUCUUGAUAACAUAUGCCAAUAAAAGAGGAAGGCCAUGAUUGAUAAAGAGCAUGUUAAAUAAUGUGACGGGUUGGGAGUUUGGAGAGGAGGUUGUAAUCCCCAAGUUUAAUUCUGAUGAGGCUCCACGAUUUUACAGCCUGCAUCCAAUGUACUGCAGUAAAAGCUGCCUAUGGCAGGGAACUGCAGCAGUUGCAGUAGCAGGAGUACCCUCAGUCUUCCCUUCCCCUCUCCUGCGCUCCCGUCUGUUCCAUGAUUAACUCACUCCACAGCACACAUCCCACUUUUAACAGCUCCAGUCAUUAGCUUUUAUAUCAUUUAAUUAUGAACGGUACCAUUCCUGCAUAGUAAGCAGGUUAUACAACACAUAGUACAUAGAGCAUGCCCCUAUGAGUAUAUUAGUUAGACAUUAGAUGGCUCAUUGGAUUAUGGAAUCAUUAAAUAAGAAUUUGGGUUGGGAACAUAGAUCACAACCGGUCUGAUUUAUGCAGCCAUUUGCGUUGCUAAGCAAGGUCCCGAAUUAUGACUUACAUCACCGGUGAGGUAAUGAGUUAGAUUGCUAGUUUUAUUGAAUAGUAAAUAUUUAAUUAGAUUUGACAUCUGGGCCACAGAGACAGGAAGCAGGUGCUUUUAAUUUUGUCACCUGGAAAUGAUGUGCCAGUGUUUGAUGAGAGGGAUGCCAUUUCUUUCACCUCUAUAAGCGUGGCUUUUGUUAGCUGUAAAUAUUCCAGGUUGGAUGGAAGGAUGGUAAUUAUGAAUAAGUAUGAAUCCAAUGUUGAAUCUCUCAUUUUAUUCCUUUCUACCCCUAGAUCAGAAAUGUUGAAACGAACCAGUGUGUGGACAACAUGGGCAGAAAGGAAAAUGAGAAAGUUGGCUUCUUCAACUGCCAUGGCAUGGGUGGGAAUCAGGUAAGGAGACUGCAGUAGAGAGUAGAAAGAGCAGAGAGCUAUGGACUUGGUUGCAAAAUACCUUUCCCAUAUUUCCUAGGUUUUCCAGAAAUCCCGGUUGGAAUGGAGAGAAUUAGCAGGAAAUCCAGAAUCCUCCAGCCAGGAUUUCUAGAAAACCUAAGAAUUUGGGAAAAUUACCAGAAUUUUGCAACCCAAGGAGCUAUGGACUAGUAGGUACAGUAAAUGUAUUGUUCUCUCCGCCAGGUGUUUUCCUACACAGCUGAUAAGGAGAUCCGGACAGAUGACCUGUGUCUGGAUGUGUCUCGUCCCCAUGGCCCUGUGGUCAUGCUGAAGUGUCAUCAAAUGAAGGGGAAUCAGAUGUUUGAGUAUGAUGCAGAGGUAAGAUCAAAUUCAAGACUCCUCCUGUACUGUGUGAGUCAUGACAGGAGUGUGAUAACUUGUGAUUAUGAUGCCUUUGCCACACACUGAUUGUCCAGAGUAAUUUCUGCACUAUUACAUAGGAAGAGAUUUCAUAUGUAUAAUGACACACCUGUCCUAAUACAUCUAUAAAUCUUCAAAAAUUGUAUGAUUGUUUUAAGCCACCAGAUGGUGCUACAUGUCAGGAGUUGGGCUUCCGGUCAAAUCCUGUACAGUAGCCUUCAUUCUGUAGCUCUGUGCACAUUGCAGCCCAUAGUAUUCCCCAUUUAUUAAAAUGUUCUUCUCUCAUGUAGUAUGUUGGCAAGUGGGAAUAUGAUUUUGAGGUAAGCUUUCUGACCUGGUGCUCUUGAAUGUUGUCAUCUAGUUGAUGUAGACAGUGUAUAAGUCCUGUCUUUGGCAGGUAGUAGUAUCUUGUUCUUAGUGGUUGUGAGGCCAGUGUUUUUUCUCAGUAGUCUACGAAGUCCUGUGUGAAGUUGUGUUAGUAGUUAAUUGAAGAGGUUAUGUUAAUGCUCUGAGGAAUGUGACUUGUUAGCCAGACCAGUGGACCGAACAGACGCCACUGUCCUGUUUUGAGCCUAAUGACGUGUGUCCCACAUUGCACUCCAUUGACUCAGACAUAGAGUUGCAAAAUUCCAGUAACUUUCCAAAAAUUCCAUGGCUUUCCAGAAAUCCUGGGUGGAAGUUUAA